AUGCGCUGGACGACAUCUUUGAUAGCGGCUGCGCCGCUCUUUUCUUUGGGCGCCUGCCACGCCGUCAUUCUUAAUGCUCAAGGCAUCAAAGGCUCACCAGCAAGCGUGGGAUUUCAAGUUGAUCCUGCUGUGGCUCGCAACUGCAUCACUAUUAAUCCCUGCCAGCAAGAUACAACCAUCAUCCGUGACGCGGAGAUUCAGGCAAAUGUUGUGAAUCAGUGCGGUCGCACCGAGUUGAAAGGAAACAUUGAUGUUGGCGAGAAUACGGAGAACGCUCUAUCGGCAGGCGCUGUGACUCAGGUCAAAGCCGGUGGUGAAGUUACUGUCACUAUUCAUCAGGUCAAUGCCGAUGGCGCAGGACCAUUCUUCUGCGACAUAGACCAGACAAGCAAUAGUGGUGUCAACUUACAGAACCUUACCGUGGUCGACAAUGUUCCUGGAACCAAUGGCCUGUCACAGGCCAAGGCACAGGCAUUCGACGUCAGGGUGAAAAUGCCCGACGACCUUAAAUGCACUGGUGGCUCAACCGGAAAUGUUUGCACAGUCCGCUGUCGCAACAACGCAGUAGCUGGACCCUUUGGAGGCUGCUUUCCCGUGCAGCAGGCUGACACGCGCGCGACCAAAAACAGCCCCAAUAACAUUAACACCGAACAAAACCUUAAGGCUGUUCUGGACCAGGUGCAGAUUAACCAAGCCGACUUUGGCAAGGCCGUCCAGGCCAACAAGGAGGCUGGAUCGAAUGAAGCGAAGCAGAACCUUGCUGCUGUCGAUGCGCUACUGGCCGAGACCGUCACAACCAAGCAGUUUCCUCAAGAAACACCCUCGGUUGUUCUCGGUGGCAAUCAGCCCCAGGUAACCAAUGGCGGUAACAGGAAUGGUGGCGAUGGCGGAAACAAGAACGGCGGCAACAAGAAUGGCGUCAAGGAGGUCAAGAUGGUCGAGGAGGUCAAGGAGAUCAAGAUGGUCAAGAUGGCCGAGGAGGUCAAGGAGGUCAAGGCCAAGGAGGUCAAGGAGGCGAUGGCGGCAAAACCAGAAAUGGCAACGAUGGCGCCGGUGGCAAUGGUGGACGAGGUGGACGUGGCGGCGCCAAGAAACGCCGCCACCAGCACUGAGCAGACUCGGGCUUCAUCAAGUCUCUAA